GGAAGCUUGGGAAGGGGGGGUGUCUGCACUGAGACUGAUCCAGAAUCAGAUUUAUGGAAGGCAGCUGUUGAGGGUUUGACAGACAUAUCGGAGCACUGCUGCGUAACACAAGCAGAUUUGAGUCUGCAGAGGAGUGUGUCAGAUCACACUAAAACAGCAAGGAUGGUGCGUGAGCAGUACCUCACCACCACAGAUGAGUCUGGGGCUCUGGCUCCAGUCAAUGAGUACAUCUACAUGAUCGGCAUCUACGGCUGGAGGAAACGCUGCCUCUAUCUGUUCGUCCUGCUUCUCCUCAUCAUUCUGGUGGUGAACUUUGCCCUAACGAUCUGGAUCCUACGAGUCAUGUGGUUCAAUACGGAAGGCAUGGGAUACCUGCAGGUCAAUGAAGAUGGACUGAGACUGGAGGGAGAAUCUGACUUUUUGUUCCCUGUCUAUGCCCAGGAAAUUGACUCCAGAGAGGAUUCAGCUCUUCUGGUGCACUCCUCUGAAAACGUUACACUCAAUGCUCGCAAUGCCAAUGGUGAUGUAACAGGAAGUGUGUCUGUAGGUCCCAGUCAGGCCGAGGGUUUUGGCCAACACUUUAAUAUCAGUUCCAACCAUGAUGAAAAUUUAUUUUAUGCAGAUGUAAAUGGAGCCGUUGUGGGAAAAGGCAAGCUCCGUGUAACAGGUCCAGAAGGUGCUAUCUUUGAGCAUUCUGUCAGGACUCCAAUGGUCAAAGCAGUACUUAACAAAGAGCUAAAACUAGAGUCUCCAACACGCUCUCUCAGCAUGGAUGCCCCAAAAGGCGUUCACGUCAAAGCCUUGGCUGGAAAUGUUGACGUGACAGCACACUUUGAUAUUCAGCUACACUCAACUGCAGGACUGUUGAUUUUAGAUGCUGAAAGUGUUCGUCUGCCGACGUUACCUGUGGGAGAAGCCAGAACGUCAGGUGACUCUCAGGGAAUGUACAACACAUAUGAAGUGUGCGUUUGUCCCAGCGGUAAGCUCUUCAUCUCCAGAGCUGGCGUCUCUUCGACCUGCAGCGAGCGCCAGGACUGCUGAAUGACCUUCUGUCCUUAACGCCCACACUAGAAACACAUUGUGUUGUUACAUUGUAUUGGGCAAGGUUAAAAAAACCCAUCACGAUAUGUAUUAACAUGUUACUGAAGAUCAGAGGUGUACAUUCAUCUAUUUGGUUGGGGUUUUAUCAUGAUAGGGAAGAUGAAAUAUGCAGUAUAUACAACACACACACCCAUGGCAAUUUGUAACUAUUUAUGUUUUGGUGAAUUGGUGUUUAUAAUUUCAAACCUAAUAAAUUCUAAUUUAAUUCUUAUGUUUCCAUACAAUCUGCCUACUCCCCACUGACGUUUUGGUUUAAGGGAGGACCAUUAUGAUUAGUAUUAUUAUUUUUUAAAUAUGUCUAUGUAUGAAUUCAUACAAAAUCGCCUUGUAAAAUAGUUACAUUUUCUUAUGAGAUCGGGUUGUGUAGUAGACUGUACUUUAUUUUUCUCCUUUUUUUUUGUAUACAAAUUGUUAAAAAUUAGGCUGGGCAAUAAAGGGGCUGGUAAACAGCUGACAUCCUAAGCAAUAUAAUUUUGAGGUGCAAUAAAUACCCAAAUUCUGUGUGAUGCAUAUCAGCUAGUUAUUGUUUAAAGAUGCGCUCAUUAAUAGAGAAAUUAUUACAAAUAAAACACUUAUGUGCUUCUCUGAGGGUUAUGAUAUAUACUUCUGAAAUCAGUUUAAUUACAACUUUUUUUUAAUUAAGUCAUGCGUAAUAAUACAUUUCUGUCUGAAGAACUGCACUACCCACAAUCCUGAAGCAGUAGCUUUGAAUUCUUCUGUUAAGCAUUGCAAUCUAAUCUAAUCCAAAUGUCUCUCAUUUUUGUCAAAUGGCAAAAUCUAUGUGUUAGUGCCAAAACAGCUGGGGUAUUGAGAGUAACCACAUAAUUGAUCUAGUAAAAAAUAAAACUACUGUAAGAUAUAAAGUGCUCUUGGUUUGAUAUCAAAUUAGGCAUCUCCAUUUAUUUAAUAUAAAUGUAUAUGGAAUAAUGUAACUAUCAAAAUGGUAUAAUUUACCUUAUGGCAGCUUGAAACUUUGGGAUGUGUGUGUUUUCUCAGAAUUGUUUUGCAUAUGUUCUGUUUGAAAAUGCUGAGAGUGAUUAUGUUUGUAUAUACGGUAUUGGUUGGGAAUCUUCACAUUUAUUCAUCAGUUGUAUAUUAUAUUUUGGUUGCUGUAGAUUUCUUCAAUGGGAAAUCUCAUAUUUUGAGGUUUACAUAUGUAAAGUAAAUAAUUACAAUACCGACCUUUGAAUGAUAUUAUAGUUUAACUAUAAAGCAUGUAUGAACAACUGUAAAUGGGGUUUUUCCUCAUUCAGUGUUUUGGCAUGAGUUGACAUGAUAAUUAAUAAUAAUAAAAAAAAUCAUUAAACUUAAGGGAAAAUUUUGUGUGCAAUAAACGGUAUAUGUUGUACCAUUAUUACCUGAUACUAUAUGACUGAACAGUGGAUUCAGAGGAUAUUUUUAAGAAUUAAAAUUAAGAAUAAAAAUAAGAGCCACUGUCAGUGGGUCUCAAACUUACAGAGCUGUAAUAUGACAUUAUGAGAUUGAAACAAAUGACUAAAUAUAUUUGUCCAAACAAUACAGUAGCCAGUGUUUAAUUUCAGUCUCUCGCAGUUAAACAAAGGGAAUGGAUGAAAAAACAUCAUUGACAUUGAGCACCAUAUGAGUAUCUAUGUUCCUCGCUCUUACACAAAUUUCAGAGAACUUCAUGCCAAAAAUCUCAGCAGUAGAAGACAAGAGGUUCCCAUUAUGAAUAAUAGAAAAUGCAUAUUUAAUCGAUGUGUUUCUGAGGAAUUACGCAUGUUGUGUGAUGUGUAGAUGUCAAUUAACUGACAGGUGAAAUUUCAAGAGAAAAUGUCACUUGUUAUAUUUUUAAAUAGUAAUAUGCGCUAAAACUACACCCACCAGUAUCCUUGUAUGGGAAAUAAAAAGUGCUCUGUUAAGCCCCAAGCCAACAAUGUAUACAUGCAUAGUUCAGUUGCGAUAAAGUUGAUUGUGAAAUAUGAAAUAAAUGUCAUUCUUGCAACCAGACAGAUACAGUAAUUGCACUGGUAAACACUUAUGAACCUGCUGUCAUAUUACAUCUUCAAGAUGUAAUUUAAAGUCUUUCAAAUAUUUUUAUUUUCACUGUUUAAUGUUCAGGUUAUGCACAGUAUUACAUAUACAGUGACAGGAGCAUGUCAAUUACCUUGUGGAUUUGCUAGCUGAUAAAACGGUGUAUGAACAUUAUAACCUGCCGUUUUUAUUUCAGAAUGAGCUACUGGCACAUGAUUGAUAUAGAUCCCAUUAAGAAACCAUGAGCUGAUUUGCCUGUCGUUGCUGGAUUGCACAUGAUUCAUUCAUUCAAAUUUCUGCAAUCACUCAAUUACAUAAAAGUGCAGUGCAACUCAUGCUAUUAAAUCACAAUACCAUCAACUUAAUGACUAUGGCAGGAAAAAUUAAUUUCUAAAAAAGAUUAAAAAAAAGCAGCAUUGGUAUUCAUUAUGUACAAAGGAACAACAAUAAAUGUAUUUAAAAUAAUAAAAGGUAUUGCUAUAUUUUUUAACAUUAUGUACACUGCUGCAUGUUAAAUAGCGUACAUUUUUUCUUUAGACUCGGGCAACCUUUCAGAGAAAUGGAGCAGAUAUGUACGCAAUUAUAUGCAUGUGUCACAGCAUCAGAGGUGGCACAGUUAAAAUAAAAUGCCAGCGAGAUACAUAAUUUUGUAAAACGCUUUGUUAAUUCAAUUGUUAGAGUUUUGCAUUGUCUAAUUCAGAGUUUUUGCUGGACAAAUGUCUCAAGUUUGAUGAUUAUCCGAGCUGUACAUUCCAUUACUCUCAUUGCUACUUCUGAAGUAUAUCUGUCGUUAGGAAUCUGGGGGAAGGGUAAAAGGUCAGGGUAGCGAGUUCUCAGGCUGUCCACACCAUAACCCUCCAGGAUGUGUACAUCCUUGGUCAACCCUGUUAGCUGGGUGUUGUACUCCUCUACCUUUUGUGCAAGUGCUGUGGGCUUUACAUCUUUGUCUGAUUUUCCUCUCACUGCAUAAUCGGCAGCAAUUAAUGCAAGCUUUGUUGCCAGGUAGCAUUUGAAACAUACCCAUUCAUUGGCAUUUUUAUGAAGAUCAUUUCUUGCAGCGGAAAAAUUGGCUCUUGCUUGCCUUAG